GUCACGGGGUCCAGGAAUGGCGGCGCUGUCUGCAGAGGGAAGCAGCCCGAAGAGCCCGAAACUUUCUUCCUAACAUCACCCAGCAGCCACACGAGCUCCACCGCCCCGCUGACGGCCAUAACAGCCUCCUAAAGAGCCCGCGCGACGGCGGAACCCGCUCUCGAUUCCGUUACCGCCGAAUCCCGACGUUCAAGCCCCUAUUAGUUUGGUUGACUUUGCGAGGGCCAAAAGACAAGAGCAAAGACAGCGACUAACGGUACAUUAAAACAACAACAAAGCACCCUGAAAUAUUCUCUUUCGAGUCCGUCCGUUUCACAGAAGGAGCUCGCUUGUGUUUUGCUAGUUUCUCGUCUUGCUCGUCCACCGCAAGGCUCGACACUGGCCCGAUAAGGCAAAGAAAACCAGCCACCAGCUGCGGGUUUGAUGCCACGAUGGAGAGUUUAACACUGAGCGAUGUCGAGCAGAAAUAUUACUCGGAACUCUUCCUCUCCUGUGAUGUGGACAACGCCAAAAAAGUGGCUUCCAAUGGCAAAGUUCUGGAGCUCUUCCGGGCGGCCCAGCUCUCAAACGAAGUGGUCCUUCAGAUUACUGAGCUUUGCGGGGCCACACGUCUGGGCCAUUUCGGCCGGAGUCAGUUCUACAUUGCACUGAAGCUCAUUGCACUGGCCCAGUCUGGACUGCCCCUGCGUCUCGAGAGCCUGAACACUGUCAGGGAUCUGCCCCUUCCUCGCUUUGUGAUGGGCAAGAACGAGCAGGAGACAAGGCACAUGGUGAUGUUCACAGACGCAGAGAAUCAGGGGCCCUUCCUCCCCAGACCUCCGGGCCGAGUGCAAGCCAAAAAAGUGUCAGCGCACGAGAUGAUUCAGCCCUGUGUGCCCACUGCUGAUCCUCAGCCGGACACCACAUCUCCUGUAGUGUCUCCACACCAGUCCCCUCCAACUUCACCCCUCGCCUGGAGGAAGCACAAGCGACAGGCCAGUGGUGGAAACGUGGACCGACAGCCCUCUGUGCCAGGAGUUGUUUGGCCACAUUUUAGAGAAGCACAGCCAGGACCAGUUCCGGGUGACGGGAUGUGGUCGGCUCAUUCACCUCCUCCAGUCCAGGAAAGUUGGGUCAGCUUUACAGACACGCCUCCCUCCAGCACACUUCCAAUGCAUCCUCCCUCAGCUCAGACGGAGAGCUCAACAGUACGGACCGUGCCAUCUGCAAUGACCACAAAUGAAAUCCAAAGACAGACCAGUGGUUACGACGACCCCUGGAAAAUCACAGAUGAGCAAAGACAGUAUUACAUAAACCAGUUCAAGACUAUUCAAGCAGAUCUGACUGGUUUAAUCCCUGGCUCUGCCGCGAAAGAAUUCUUUACAAAGUCAAAACUGCCCAUUCUAGAACUGUCUCACAUUUGGGAGCUAUCAGAUUUCGAUAAAGAUGGUGCACUGACCCUGGAUGAGUUCUGUGCUGCAUUUCAUCUUGUGGUCGCAAGGAAAAAUGGUUAUGACCUUCCUGAAAAGCUCCCCGAGAGCCUAAUGCCAAAGCUUAUUGACUUGGAUGACUCAGCGGGAGUUCCAGAACCUGCUCCUGAGGUGGGCUUUUCUGCUUCCCCUGUCGAGGUCACUCCAAAUAAAUCUCCUUCCAUGCCUUCCCUCAACCAGAAUUGGCCUGAGCUCAACCAGAGCAAUGAGCAGUGGGAGACUUUUAGCGAACGCUCCUCAAGCUCACAAACUCUGACCCAAUUUGAUUCUAACAUUGCACCAGCUGACCCUGAUACAGCAAUAGUUCACCCUGUGCCCAUCCGUAUGACGCCCAGCAAGAUCCACAUGCAAGAGAUGGAGCUCAAGAGGACUGGAAGUGAUCACACACAUCCAACUAGCCCAUUAAUGACAAAACCCCCAGAACUGUCUGAUGAGACCAAACUAGCAGCAGCUAUUAAGUUUCCUGGUACCACUGUCGGAGAUGGAUAUAGCAGCUCAGAUUCAUUUACAUCCGAUCAAGAGCCAAUUUCCAGCGCUGUGAACAGACAAAGGUCUCACUCUGGCACAUCUCCAGAAGGACUAAAGGUUGUGGCUCCGCCUCCUCCACCACCCCGCCCACAUGCCUCUCACUCACGCUCCUCCUCUCUAGACAUGAACAGAAACUUCGCUGCUGUCCCUGCAGCAGGUUCCCAGCAGGCAGGUGUAGUGGCCUUUCCUCCAGCAGUGCCUCCACGACCACUGCCAACACAGACAUCAGUGCCACAUGGUCACCGUUCGUUAGAGGGAGAUGGUCUUCCAGCACACACCAGCACGUCGCCCCAGCAGAUGCCAGAACAGCCCAACUUUGCUGACUUCAGCCAGUUCAAGGCUUUUGCUGUGGACCAGCCAGCAGAUGAAGGAGAGAAACCAUCUGACGGUGGACAGACAGAAAGAUUGCCAGAAGCUGCUGGGACGAUGAGAACAGCAAAGAACGACGUUCAAGCCGAAGAACGAAAUGCAACCACUGUCAACUCUGCCAAAGUAUCCACUCCAUUGGCCCCGCCUCCUAAACCCGUCCGUCGAAGACUGAAAUCAGAAGAUGAGCUCAGACCAGAUGUGGACGACCUUCCUCAAAAGUCUAACGUCAUAGCCACUGUUCUAGCAACACAGCCCUCAAUUCCUCGGUCUCUCGGUAAAGAUAAAAAGGCCAUUCAGGCUUCCAUUAGAAGAAAUAAAGAAACGAAUACGGUUUUAGCCAGACUCAACAGUGAAUUACAGCAGCAACUGAAGGACCUGCUAGAAGAAAGAAUAUCGCUUGAAGUGCAACUGGAACAGCUUAGACCUUUUUCGCAUUUGUAACGAGUGUGUGCAAGCUUCAGAUUGAAUGUUUGUGUGUAUGAAAGAAUGGUCACCCCAUUUUUUUUUCCUUCUUUUUACUUGUUUGUUGUGCUGUUUUUUUUGAGUGCUCUGUUGGAUCCUCUGGCAGGAUGUCCAUUUCACCCAUCUCCGUUUCUCUGUAAGACUGUGUGAGAAGAGACUAAAAUCGCUGCUUCCUCCAGAUUCAGUUCUGUCUCGCGCAGCUCAUUCAGAGGAAUAGAGUCCAGAAACAUUAUCCAUAAUGGCACUUUGAUGUAACAGAAAGUUUGAGUGGCUGUAUGUGUAAAGCUCCAGAAAUCGCAAGUUAUCUUUAGCUUGUGAAGCCUGACGUCAUGGCCAGCAGCAGGCUGUAAUUCUGGUUAACAUGAAGGAGCCUCUUCCCCUUCUGUUCUCCAGAGUCCCGGGGCAGCUUGUCACGUUCUUCCAUGUUCGAGGCACCCGUGUGUGUGCUCAGACAAUCAUUUUAGGCCAUGCACUGGUCAUGUAAAGGGGAGAACUCAUUAUUUGGGAGAUAAUAUUAUUUUAGGAGUAUGCUCAGAAAACCGGUUCUGACAGGCACUUGUCAAAGGGAUAGUUCACCCCUGGAAAUAAUUAAUUUGUUUUUAUUUACUCAUCAUCCUUUCGCUUAAAUCAGUUUGAGUUUCUGUUGGACGCAAAACAAGAUAUUUUGCCUUACUAUUUUAUUUAGUACUAUGGAUGUCAGUGGUUUCCAGCAUUCUUCAAACUGUCUUAUUUUGUGUUCAACUGAAUAAUUAAACUGCUGAGGGUUUGGAAACACUCAAGGGUGAUUGAAUAAAUAGCAAUUUUAAAUUUUGGGGGUCGAACAUCCCUUUAAGUGGACAGUUCAUUCUGAAAUGGAAAUUCUUUUAUUUGUCCUUAUGUCAUUACAAACCUUUAUUAUUGUUAUUUUGGAAAAUAUCUUAUCUUUAAGAUAAAGAAAAAUAUAAUACUGUCUGGUUUUCAAGCUCCACAAAUGCAUUGGAAGAACCAGAAAAUUAUCUAAACUAUGUGCUAUAUUUUAGUUUUGUUGAAAUAAAAUUGCUUUGUGCAAGAAUCAAUUUUUGCUCCAGUGAACUGCUGAUGUUGAAUUCAAAAUUGCUGAUUCUUUUUUUCAGAAUCAUUGAAUCAAAAUCAAGAGAAUCAUUGGUUGCAAAUCACACAGUGCUGCUUCUGUUAUGACAAAACAGCAAUGAAAACUAGUAAACUUUUUGUCUGUUCUUUACACAAAGCUAUUUUAUAUUCCCAGCUCUAUAGUUUAUGAUCCAUUUAUUACCUUAUUUUUUUUAAAUAAAGAAAGAAAAUUAGGUUGGCAAAAUCAACAAAUGCAAUUAAAGAACCAGAUAGUGAUCUAUACUAUGGUUGUGCUAGAUUUCAGUUUUGUUGACAUAAAAUUGCUUUGCUCCAGUGAACUGCUGAUGUUGAGUUCAAAAUUGAACAAUCACUUUUUUUCAUCUGAAUCAUUUAAUCAAAAUCAUGCGAGUCAUAGGUUGCAAAUCAGAAAGUGCUGCUUCUGUUAUGACAAAACGACAAUGAAAACUAUUACAUUUUUUUUCCCAGUUCCUCACGCAAAGCUAUUUUAUAUUCACAGCUCUAUAGUUUGAUUCAUUUAUUUGCUUAUUUUUUGAGUAAAGAAAAAAAUUAGGUCGUAAAGCUCCUUAAAUGCAAUUGAAGAACCAAAAUGAUUUAAACUGUGUGGUAUAUUUUAGUUUUGCUGACAUAAAAUUGCUUUGUGCAAGAAACACUUUUUGCUCCAGUGACCUUCUGAUGUUGAAUUCAAAAUUGCUGAUUCUUUUUUUUUUUUAUCUGAAUCAUUGAAUCAAAAUCAAGUGAAUCAUUGGUUGCAAAUUAGACAGUGCUGCUUCUGUUAUGAAAUUUUUUUAGCAGUUAUAACAACUAAACCGCUGUUCCUCGCACAAAGCUAUUUUAUUUUCACAGUUCUAUAGUUUAUAAUGUGUUGCUUUACUUUCACUGAAGUAAAUGCUUUGCUUCAAUAUUCUUCAAAAACUGAUGGAAAGUCAUACAGGUUUUGACAAAUUUGGGUCUUUAAGCAAAUGUCAGAAUUUUUAUUUUUGGUUGAACUGUCUGUUUAAUAUCUUUUCCUUGCCAUACGAGUGAACGGCACGACUUUUGUUUCAUAUGAGUGAGAGAGUUGGAGUACAACAGUUACCAGUGUAUGGCAUCAAACACAGCUUUUUCUUCUGUUAAAAAAAACAAACAAUCAAACGUGUACAGUUUUUUCACCCCUGGAAGGCGGACGUUACUCUCUCGGUCUCAAAAUCCGGUACAUCAUCAGAUUCAAUCCUGCAUCAUCAACUCUGUGACAUCAUCAGUACGUAAAAACGUGAGACCUGAAACAGUGACUGCACUUUUCUUCCCUCCGGUGUCGUUUCGUUUGUCUUUUCAAGUCACAAUUUUUUUGCAUGUCGUUCACGAUUUCAUUUUGUAAAAAAAAAAAACAACCCCCCCGAUAUGAACCACUUGAUUUGUAUCUGUAAUGUCUGAGAUAGUGUGACGUUUGUAUUGUUACAUAGACUUUGCGGCGUGUCUCUCAUUCGUUCAUUUGUUUUUGACCGAUGUCCGUGUUUUCUUAUGCUCAUCCUUAAAGCCUUACUUCCUGGUGUGCAGGUUUUCACAGUAAUGUCCCCCCAUCCCAUGUUAAAUCAAGGUGAGCCUUUCUCUCCCUGCUGUUCAGGCUGAUUUACUGUAUCAGGGGUAUGUUGUAUAUUGUAUUAUACACACCUUUUGAUCUCAUAUGUAAAUUUGCAUUAAUUGCUGACUAACAGCAAAUAUUCUAUUUAAUUGCUUAUAUAAUGGCUGUGGGAUCAUAAAUGUUUAACUGCAUGGAUGUGUCUCUGCAGAAUGAACUAGCAGCUGUGUGAUUUUUACACAAAAUAAAAAUGGCACAAUAUUUUAAUAA